AUGCUCUCACUCUUUGUGCUUUAUUUUCUACUGCUCCAGCUUUGCUUCAGCAACGAGUUCUCCUCCUUCACCCACAAAAUUGUCUACUUCUCCUGGGAGACGCCGGAAGAUGCUGCCAAGGCAGACGCUGCCGAGACUGUUGCGCCGCUUACACAGUCAGCUGUCGCUGUUAUUGUGAGACUGUACUCUAUCUAUGGAAAACUUCGUUUGUAUAUGUACUCGAAAUACUCGUUAAGAGUCACUUCGGUAACCGCGGAACGGAGGACUAAAGAGGGUUGGGGGUGCGAGUGCGCAAUUCCCACAAAGUCCUUCGAGAUCAUUCCGUCAAUCAGACCUUGUGUGCCGUACUGGCGUUGCCUGAGUCUGUACGUAGACUCCCCUGGUUUCCCCGACUUCUUCGUUACACUCUUCACCUCGUCUUAG